AUGACGAAUCCCAUCACUUCUCAACCAAGCUCAGGCCUAUCAGUCGAGCUACAAGGAACAAUGCAAAGAACCAGCUCUCCACGAUCAGGCGAGACAUUUCCACCGUCGAUGCAGCCAAAUGAGCCCCAAGAAUCCCAGCAGACAGCCGAUAUCGUCAAAUCAAGCCGUCUCCUGUCCAUCCCACCAGAGCUACGCCUGACCAUCUAUGAGCACUACUUCCGAUCCCACACUAUCCUCUCCUCCCGACCAGCUAUCCUCCAAGUCUGCACCCUAAUCAGGAGAGAAGCAAUGCCACUCUACCGAGCCCACAUCAUGACGAACUGGACCGAACAACGUAAUGCAGUACUCCAAUCUACAACACUGCUGAAGACGGUUCGAUUUACGGAUCAGUGGAGGGUGUGCUACGACGAGACGAAGCGUGGCAUGGAGAAUGCGAAGGAGAUUUCAAGGGCGGUGCAAAGGGACUUUAGACUCGAACAAGAAGAAUUGUGUCUCAAGGACUUGUCAUGGGAGAUGAUGUGGGUAGCGUUGUACCUUCGUGUGGUUGAGUCUUGGAGGCGGAUUUUCGACGUUCCUGAGGAGUCCUCCGCGGGUUGA